CAUUAGCAUGAAAGGGAAUUCUUCUUAGUGGACAAGCACUGAGCACAUCAGGACUCCGGAGAAAAGUUUUUAAGCUUGAGCCACGUCGUGCUGGAAUCAUGUUAAACAAGCCAGUGCUGGUGGAAUCCCUGAUCGUGUUCGUCAUUGUUCUCCUUGUGCACGCCGUGGUGUGGGACCGGUAUUCCUGGUGCACCGUCGCUCUCGCCAUCCAGGCUUUUUAUGUCCAGUUCAAAUGGGACCGUCUGCUCCAGCUGGGUGGGGCUGUGUUCCAGUUCCGUGCGGCAGCCAACAGCGGCCUCUUGCCAGCGAGCAUGGUCAUCCCCUUGCUGGGGAUAGCGAUGAAGGAGAGGUGCAAGUCUGCUGGCAUUGUGUACUUUGAACGUUUUGGCAUAGUCGUAGCUUCCACUGGCAUGCUGGUUGCUCUGUUUUUGUCUGUAAUAGCGGUUGGCAUCACAAAACCUGUGCCAACCAACACUUGCAUACUUACUGGUGUUGCUGGCAGUAUAAUUAUCUAUACCAUGAAGCACUCUUUGACUGUUUCAGAAGUGAUAGAGGUCCUAGAAGUGCUGCUAAUUUUUGUCUACCUCAGUAUGAUCUUGCUGUACUUGUUGCCUCGAUGUUUUACUCCUGGAGAAGCAUUGCUGGUUCUCGGAGGUACGAGUUUUGUUCUCAAUCAGCUCAUUAAACGCUCACUGAAUGUAAUUGAGGGCAGAGGGGAUCCCAUAGACUUUUUCCUUUUGGUGGCAGUUGUUGGAAUUGUUCUUCUUGGGCUUUUUUUCACUGUGCUCUUCCUUUUCAUGGAUUCGGGUACGUGGAUCUCCUCCAUGUUUUUCCACAUGAUGACAGCAGUGCUAGGCUUAGGGGUCAUCAUGCCUUGGCUGUACCGACUGAUCCAGAGGAACCCUUUGUUCUGGCUACUCCAGUUUCUGUUUCAGACACAGACAAGAGUUUACCUUCUUGUAUACUGGACCUUUUUGGCUGCUUCAGCAUGUGGCAUAGUUUUCUACCAGAAUGCUAAGCGAUCAUCUGAAUCUAAAAAACACCAGGCCUCGACUAUAACCAGGAAAUAUUUCCAUUUCAUUGUUGUAGCUACUUAUGUUCCUGGACUAAUUUAUGACCGCCAGCUUCUUUAUGUUGCUGCAGUACUGUGUCUGGCAGUAUUUAUAUUCUUAGAGUAUAUUCGGUACUUCAGGAUCAAACCAUUUGGCCAAACCCUUAGGCAUUUGCUUUCUCUCUUCUUGGAUGAAAGAGACAGUGGGCCUCUAAUCUUGACUCAUAUUUAUCUCCUCCUCGGUGUGUCCCUCCCAGUGUGGUUGUUCCCCAGAUCUUGUGCUCCUAAAGGUACUUUGUCUGGGGCAGGAGCACUGGUCCCCUACGCCGGGGUGCUGGCAGUAGGGGUAGGAGACACCAUUGCCUCUGUUUUUGGCAGUACGAUGGGGGAAAUCAAAUGGCCGGGAACAAAGAAGACCUUUGAAGGGACAAUGACAGCUAUUUUUGCUCAGAUCAUUGCCAUGGCUCUUAUUCUGAUCUUUGACAGCAGUGUGAAUCUGAACUCCAGCUAUGCCUGGAUUCUGGCGUCUGUGAGUUUAGUUUCUCUUUUGGAAGCUUAUACCACCCAAAUCGAUAAUCUGCUGUUGCCUCUCUACCUCCAGAUACUGUUUAUGGCUUAGAAGCACUUCCAGGAACAGAGGUUUCUUCUCUUCUAGAGAUCCGGGGUAACAGAAUAUGCACUGUAAUGAGAGCUCAAAGCUAGCGAUCUAAACAGUGUUUACAGUACAGCAGAUAAAAUUGUUAAAAACAGAAAUGAAAAAGACCUAUUUAACAUAAAA